AUGACAGAAUUAAACGGACGUGCUUCUCAAAAUAUUACCAAUUCGACUUCAAGUGCUUGUAAUAUUCACCAGCAAGUGCAAAUAAUUGCGGAAUCUGUAAUUACUUCUAAACAAGCAGAGCAAUUCAUCCAUGGAAUAGAGUUGAAAAGUAAAUCGCCAUCGCAACCAAUACGACACGAGUAUUGGACUGACGG